AUGGCCUUCUGCGCCAGGAGGUCGAGGCGGGUCCUCCCGGAAGCUGCGCCCAGUAGGAGCACGAAGGUGUCGCCGCCCCGCCUGUCCAGGGUGAACGGCUGGUCGCGGCCAUUGCACCCCUUCCAGAUCAUGGCCUGGGCCGUGCUCCUGAUUCUGGCCUUCACGACCUUCGGGGUCUUCAUCCCCCUUCUGCCACAAGACUGUAGAUACAUCGCCUACAGUGUGACCGGCGGGAUAUUCUUCUUCCACUUCUUAGCCCACCUGGUCGCCAUUUCCAUCGACCCGGCCGAAGCCAGCGUCCGCUUGAAGAACUACUCUCAGCCUAUGCCGACCUUCGACCGGUCCAAACACCCGCACGUCAUCCAGAACCAAUACUGCCAUCUCUGCGAGGUCACCGUGAGUGCCAAAGCCAAGCAUUGCAGCGCCUGCAACAAGUGUGUCUCAGGCUUUGACCAUCACUGCAAAUGGCUGAACAACUGCGUGGGAAGCAGAAAUUACUGGUGCUUCUUCAGCUCGGUGGCCUCUGCUUUGGCCGGUCUGCUCUGCAUCAUCGUCAUCCUUCUGUACAUCUUCUUGCAGUACUUCUUCAACCCCUCCGCCCUGCGCACCGACUCACGCUACCAGAGUAUCUCCAACAAGGACACGUGGCUGCUGUUGCUCCCGAUCUCCCCCGUGAGGACCAACAGAGGCGUCCUGCUGGCGCUCGGGCUGCUGGUGCUGCUGCUGGCGCUCAUCAGCCUGCUGCUGCUCGGCCACCUGCUCUUCUUCCACCUCUACCUGAUGGCCAAAAGGUUGAGCACGUUUGAUUACAUGAUGCAGGGCAGCCAACAGCAGGACUCGAAACACCAGACAGGGCAGAGAGAUGUGCGUUUACAAAUAGAAGACCUGUCACAGCCUCUGCAGAGCCCCCUGGGACCCUCCGAGCAGAGAGAGACGCCCGAGGAGCUCCCGCCCCCUUCCCGGCACUCGAGUCUGUGUUCCACCGCCACCGUACAGCCAGAGGACACCCCGACGUCGCUGAAGAAAUCAGUUGCCAACCUGAGUUCAUCUGUACAGAGCGUGAAGUUCAUGCAACUCUUGCCACCAACCCCGGACCACUCACAGGUCUCCAGCCUCACCAUCCAUGCCAACAGCAGCUUGUUGCAGCAGGAACUGUGUUCUGGCCGGAGCACGUCCGCCAUACGCAGAGUCAAGCGCAAGGAGUUCCUGCCUCCACUCUCCAGGUGCUCCAGCCUGAGCUCGGUCAGCACCGUUACCCCCGAGAGCUCCCCGCCACCCCAGAAUACAAAGGAUCAGAGAGAAAGAAAGCAACUUAGAGCAGGAGACGUGGCUGAAAAGCAAGGCUCUGCCUCAGGAGCCCAGGGGCCUGAACCACCCGAGUCCCGCAUCCAGGGGUCCUUUUCCACCGGGAUCCCAGCCGCGGAGUCUGUCCCGGAAACCCUCCAGCUCCCAUCCCCGCUGCAGGGCCACAACCAGGACACGUGGCCCCAGAAGCACCAGGACACCGUCCCCAGCCACCAGGAGCCCUGGACCGUGGAGUCCACGGUCAUCAACAUCCCCGGAGGGCUGGAUGGCGAACUGGACGUCCAGCAGAUGCCCCGCAUGCUGGUGGGGAUGCCGUCCGCCCAGGCACCCAAGAGCCUGCCUGCCAUCAAGGGAGAGUGUGGGGAGGAGGGCAUCCCAGUCGUCAGAGAGGUGAGGGGCUGCACCUCCGCGAAGGACCCUGUGCCCAGCAGCCCCACCCCCGUUGCCAUGACCACGAUGCCGGAGGACCCGGAGCCUGGGGACAGGGCUCCUCAGCUCGUGUAG